UGUGGUUAACCUAACCUUGUGGACUUUGAUUAAAUAAAAUAAAUAUUUCUGAUUUCUCUAAUAAUAAUAAUUAUUACAAUCAUACAUUUUAAAUAACAUAUACCUACCGUAUUAUCAAAUAAAGUUUGUAUUUUUCUGGUUAUAGUGUCCUACGAAUGGUUGAUUGUAUAUAGGCAAUUGCAAAUAAGUUCUUGGUGUGAAUCGAUCUUAUGGGUAAAACUAAUUCCAAUAUUUACCAAAGAUUUCGAAGGGUUAAGGGAACACAAUUUUUUGUCUUGAGAGAUUUACUUGCACUUGGAACAGUUUCACUAGGGGUUUGCAUAGGAAUAGGAUUGUGGCUUACACCAGGAUUUAAAAAAAUUUCUAAAUCCAUAGAAGAUGGCUAUUGGGACCCCUCAGAAGAAUCUCAAAAGAAGCGAAUGCUCUUGCGCACAGCUCUGUUGCCAAAAUCAUCUGAUCAGAUUCGCCAAGAAAUAGAAGAAGACCGUGUGUUUACUCCUGGUAUGGAAAGAGCCUCAUCAAUCUAAAGAAAUGUCUCAUAUCAAUAGGAAGAAAAAGACUUUAACCACAAAAAGGAAAACCAACAGAGCAAGCCAACAUGAUUUGGAAAACAAUACAUCAAUGUUUGAAAGCUUUGUCAGUGUAAGAAGUUCAAAACAACAGCAAGAUGUCUUAUCAUCCAGUCAACAGUCCAGUAUUUGUCCAAUCUCUCGAGAAAAUGAAGACGAUAUAUUUGCAUUUCCCAAAAAGAGUUGUUUAUCAGAUCCAAAUAAAACAGCUCAAACCGAAAUAUCACCGCAGGAAAAUAUUUUUGAUGAAGAAACCAAAGUUGAAAUUUCGAUUUUGGAUUCGUCUAAAUUGAAACCAGAAGAACAGUAUCAACUGAAUGAUAGUUCUUUAUUUUUUGAAAGUGAUACCAAGAAGAAGUUUGUACCAAACUCACCCGUUUGUAAAGAUAGCUGUGGCUUAAACGAAGAUGUGGACGAUAAUGACGACACUGUUCCUAUUCCAGAUGGAUCUAAUGAGACAAAAGCUUCAGUUUCGGAAACAAACUUACCAGAAGAAAAAAAUCCAGAUAGCGAAGAUAAUAACCAGUGCCCAGUAUGUUUAAAAACUGUUGGUGUCGCCAAGUAUUUAAGUCACAUAAAAUCCUGUGCUGCUAAAAAUAAACUCAGUACUCAACAAUUACUUUCUGCGUUACAGCUGCACAAAAAGCAACUAGCAGAAAGAAAAGAACUGGGCCUUGGGAUACCGGUCCAAAGCUAUAGAGCUAAAGUGUCACCCAAAAGGUCUAGAACUAAUAAUGCGAGAAAGGGACCUGUAGACUCAAGCCUACAAUUGGCUCUGGCGUUGUCGGCCUCUCUACACUCGGCUCAGGAGGUUGAAGUCAUACAGGAGGCGGAAGCACUCAAAGAGGCCGGACUCAGUGAAGAGGCUGAACAAAAACUAAGCACUCUGGAGAAGUAUGGGUUCGCCUCGGAUUUCCCCAUUCAGUCGACCAGUGUGGCAGGAGGAUCCAAAUGCCGACCUUUGCCUUCUUCGCUGCUCCUCAGACGAACUCAAGAAGAUCGAGAGAGAAUUGUCACAGAGAAAGUUGCUAUUGUUCUUAUUACUGAAGAAGAAAGUGUUAAUUUUAAUCCCUUUACACAAACGGAACCGACUUUGAAAUCUAAACGUUUGAAGGAAAAAUGGAACAGUGAUUGCUACCUGUGGCGUAAGUCUCUGUGUCCAGAAAGUGAAGAGCGAGAUGCGUUCUACGUCAAAUCACUGGCCAAGUUUGUCAGUCCCAGUAAGGCAGAGGUUGGGGAAGGGUUGAGAAGAUUAUCCCAACUUCCCGGUCGAAUGAAUACUCCGGAAAAAGAUGAUAUUGGCGAUCUAUUAACACCCAGCAAAGAAAUUGCAAGUAACUGUUACAAGCAAGAUAUUGCCAACCUUCCUACUCCUCUAGCUAUAAAUAGAGGGAAGAACAUUGAUAUAUCUUCUGGACAUCAAAUGAACUCUUCAUUCUCCAGUAGUAGUUCUCUUGCUGAGGAUUGGGCAAAGCUGGUAAACAAAGACGUUUUAAGUGACAUCAAGAUAAGGUGCAAAGACUCAGUGGUUAUUCCUGCGCACAAACUUGUGUUUUACGCCAGAUGCCCCAGAAUUUUAGACGAGAUUGAGAAAAAAGGAAAUGAUAGGGAUCUCCUUGAAUGGGAAAGUGUUACUGCUGAAUCAGUUCUAGCUUUCUUAGAAUUUGUUUACUCAGGAAAAACUGAUAAAUUACUUCUCUUGGAGGAUAGUGAUAUUUCAAGUGUCAAGACUAUUGCUGAUAGACUUGGCUAUAAUCAACUGAAAGACAAAUUAGGUGAGAUGCAGUCUUUAAGUGAAUCAAAGAAGGCAGAUGUGAAGAAGAAUUUGUUUGAUGUACCGGUAGAUCAUAAAAAUAAUAUUCGUGACAGUAUUGCAGACUAUUUUAAUUCAGGUGACCUUAGUCAAACAGAUAAUUCUUUUUCAUCUCUACACGGUUCUGGCAAAAACUGCGAGGAAAUGUUUUCAAACACUCCAGUAAUUAAUUCAAACAGUAGAAAUGUAAAUUGUGGAAGGGAAUCACCCGACCUGUUUGCAGAUUCAGGUGUCACAAAUAUUGCAGAUGACUCCUUGCAAGAAAGAGAGGAGUUGGAUAUACUUGUGAGUUUAAUAGGAAAACCAACUCAGCAGGGUGUUGGCAAAAACAAAUGGAGCAAUGAUGAGGAACAGGAAGAAAUUAUGGUGGUAGAAUCUCCCUUAGGAACAUCUACUAGGGAUUUGCAAGAUGUUGCCAUUUUGAGAGGAGUCAGUAUGGGGAAGAGGAAAGCAUCAACUAUUAGUUUUAGUGAUGAUGAGGAGACCUCACUUUCAAAAAAGCACUGCUCUAAAAACAAUGAAAGUUUUGAAAACAGUUGUAGAGAUGAUGCAUUUGAUUUAACCAGAGACAGCAACCCUCCCAGUGAAGAAGAAAUUGAUCAAGGUAACAACAAAAACAGUUCUGAAGGUUCAGUAAAAUGUGCAUCUCAAAAUUCCAAAAUGGAAAACCAACAUGAAGAGGAAACUCUGGAUUUAACUCAAAGCAGCAAGUCUUCUGAUGAUGAGGUCUGUGAAAGUAGUAAAAAGAGCUCAAGGAUGAGUCUAGAUGAGUUAGACAGUCGUGGCUCAAUGGAUGAUCUUACUCAGAAGAAAUCUGUUUUGGAAAAUUCAAAAACUGAUUACUGCCAGGACUCUGAUAAAGAUAUGUCUAGUAUUUCUAAUUCCAUCUCAAAAAGUCAAAUUAAUAACGAUCAAAGAGAACUAAGUGACUCUUUAGAUGACCUCACUCAGAAAACUGUUGAUGAAUCUGUUUCAAAAAAUGAUCCAAAAUCAUGUGAUAGACUUCAUAAUGAAAGUCACAGUUUUAAUGUUAGUACUCCAAGCAAGUCACCAGCAAAAUUUGUUAAAGACGAUUUUAUUGGAGAUAUCAGUACGCUUUGUACUCCUGAAGCUAGGCAUAUUAAAAAUAAUUCUUCAAAAGCUUCAUCAGAUUAUAAAUCUCAGCUUUCUAAAUCGUCUCGAUCACUUACCAACACUUCUUUCAAAGAGGUACAGGGUGAUGCUUUAAAUGAUGGCAACUACGAUCAAUAUUAUAAUGACCCAAUAUGGGACGGUUACGAUGAUUACUAUCAUUUCAACUAUGAAGCUCAUACAUCUUUUCAAACACCGAUAAAGAAUUUAAAAGACAUAUCGUCAACUUCAGGAAAAUCCCGAUCGAAACCAUUAUCUUCUCCCGAUGUUUGCACAACAGAUACUUCCUUGACUAAGGCAUUGCAAAAGAAGUUAUCUCAAGAAACCAGCCCUAUAUGUAGUAGUUUUAAGAGCAUAAAAUCUAUUUCUUCUGACAAUUCUGAGAAAUCACCACAUCCGUUGUCCCAGAAAAGGUUAACACCAAGUAGUUCAGGUAGCAUAAAAUAUAUUGCUUCAUCAGAUAGCAAAUCUCCCAAACAUUUAUCACAAUAUUUAUCAAAUUCCCCAUCACCAAGAAAAACUUUAGGAACAUGUCACAGCUUGUCCAUUAAUGACUCAGAAAUUGAAGUAGUUCCAGAUAUGAAUUCCCCCAAUACCAUUGAUUCACUGAAAUCGAGGAAAAAUCUUGCAUUUGAAUUUGUAACGGAAUCAAGUAAAUCAAAAAACAUUUGCGCCGAAGAUCUUAGACACUUAGGAAAGGAUGCAGAAAAUGUGGCCACAAGCCCAGGAAAUACUUUGAAUGUAAGAAAAGAGAGCUGUCUCAAGAAAGAUUCAUUAGAAGCAAUGCAACGUCUCUUGGAUGAUUCUUUUGAAGUUAAUAAUAGUUUGUUGGAUGCUGCCGAUGCAUUAGCUUCUGGAAAUAGGGGAGAAUCUAAAAGUAUCUCUGGAGAGGCUGUGACAGCUGGGCCUUCUAGUAAGUCUUCUCUGGACACUCCAUCUCCAGGCAUCAUUGUAUCUGAUAAGGUCACACCCCUUGCUGACUACAGUGCCAUGAAGACACCUACGUUAAAGAAAGAACUAAGUAGAUUUGGGCUGAAGCCUUCAUUGGAUCGUCGAAAAGCCAAGUUGCUGCUGAGGUAUAUCUACGAUCAAACACAUCCGGUGGUCCCUGACUGUGAGCAGGGGAGGGGAGAGUUCAGGCAACCCGAGGGCCGACCCCCGCGGAGUCCGAGGAAAGCAAACGUUGCUGUUGUGGCAACUGGCAAACCAAGAUCUCCAUCACGCUCUCCGAAGAAACCAGAAAUCGUGACUUUGAAUGAUUCUGAUUCAGAAACAGAAGAAACUUGUUCUCAAAUGAGCACCAGUAGCAGUAUAUCAUCGUCUGCAUCUCUUCCAGAAGAAAGCUACCACGAACCUGAAGAUAUUCUGACACAGGAUCUUACAGAAAAAGGAGAUGUGAGGUCGGCUAUCAGAAAGCUAAUCACAGGGGACCUCCAGUUGCACAGGAAGGUGCUCAUGUAUGAGCCAAUCCAACUUGAAGAGCUAAUGGCUAGAUUAAAGACAAAUGGUAUCAAAAGCAAGACCAAUGAUGUCAUGGACUUCUUAGAUGAACAGUGCAUCACUUUUCGGACAAAUAGUUGGAAGGCAACCAAUGAGAAAAGGAGACAGAAAAGUCCAAAGAAGAAAAAACCUCAAAAUGCAGGACCUUCCGGCUCACCAUUGAAAGACAAGGCACCGGUUGUUAAAAAACGUGGUCGACCAAAGAAAACCAAUAGUUAAAAUUUACAACUUCUGUGAUUUAUUAGUAUUACGUUAUGUACAGUGUAAAUAAUUAAUUUUUUAUCACAUUUUAAAUCUUAUACUGUUUUGGUUUGUUGAAAAUGUCUAAUUUAUGUAUAGAACUAUUUGUAAAUUGUUAUUAUGUAAUAUAUUUCAACUUUGUUAUUUGAAUAUUGGCAUAAAUAAUCAGUUAUA